GAGGCUAGACCUGAAUUGCAAGAUUGCAAGUUUUGACAAGAAGGCCAAGGGGUGUUGUAAGGAACUCCAAGAUAACAACAAAAUUAAAAUGUUUGGAAGUAAAAAGGGAAAAGAUACUAAAAAGAGGGAGAACAGAGGAAACAAUGACGAUGUUAUGAAAAUGUUUGGUCUUGGGAUGCCACCAGAAGAUGACGAUGAGGAUGAUGAGAGCUUGGAAGCUGAGUUAGCAGCCUUACAGGGGAGACCAGUCCAGAAGAAGAAAGCUCCAAAGAAAAAUGAAAAGUUAAUGUCUCUUGAUCAAAUUCAACAACUUGCAGCUGCAAGUUUGAAAGAUGUAGGUGAUGAUGGUUUUUCAGAUGAAGACAUUGAUGAUGAAGAUCUUCUUGAUGAGCUGCAUGAUUUGAUUCCUGAUGGAGAUGAAGAUGUUGAAAUGGCAGAACCAGAGAAACCAAAAUCUCCCUCUAAGGCUCCAGUCAAAUCUGAGGAGUCUGGAAUAUCAAAAGUAAUAAUUGAAAGAAAAGAAUUGUACACACAGGCAGUUGCCAGUGCAAAGGCAGAAGGGGCAUCAUCCAAAGUUAGAAGGCUUGAAAGAGGCCUAAAGGAGCUUGAAAGGCUACUUAAGGAGGCAAGGGCAGGUAAAUCAGUCAAGGAGGAUGAUAUUCCUCCCCCUGUUGUUGUCAAAGCAGGCUCAAAUGCACCAGCCCCAUCAUCAGUGCCAGCACUACCCAAAGAAACUCCAGCAGUGCAACCAACAGUCACAAAUACGCAAAUUCAAGAAGAACCAGACAGACCAGCGACAGUUCCUUCUCCAAAGGAACCAGUACAGACUCAAAUCAGCGAUCAAAAUGCAGAGACCUUAACCAUGCUCAAAGCAAGACGUGAUCAGUACAAAACUGCAGCUUUGUUAAAGAAAAAAGAGGGCGAUGUAGCAACUGCCAAACACUUUCUUGGCGUAUUCAAGCAAUUUGAUCCCGUCAUACAUGCGCUUGAAAAUGGGCAAGAUGUCGAUUUAUCAAAACUUCCUCCACCACCGGAUCAAUAUGAAUCUGGUUCCAAGGCUAGUGCAACUGCCCCUCCCACUGCUCCUGCGUCAGCCCCCCAACCAGAGCCUGCCCCUGGCUCUUCAUCAUCUACCGAUGCAGGCGAGACAGCUACUCAAGACUCUGGGUUACCAUCUGCGCCAGGUACAGUCCUAGAGGCGCUUGAGCAGCGGCUAGAGAAAUACAACCAGGCAGCGGAGAAAGCAAAGGCCGAAGGAAACGGGAGCAAAGCUCGUCGAAUGGGAAGAAUUGUCAAGCAAUAUCAAGAUGCCAUACGAGAUCACAAGAAAGGCAAACCUGUGGAUUACGAAGAAUUGCCAACGCCACCAGGAUUCGCUCCGAUCCCUGUUCCUGGUGCUGCUAAACAGGCUGCAGAACAAAAUACCCCUGCCCCCAGUAUGCCAGCUGCUAUCACUGUUGCCCCUCCUCAAGCAAAAGAAGCAUCUCAGCCUCAGAUCGAGGUCAAUGCAGGCAGUGCAGAUACCAUGAGCAGGAACCAAAAGGAGCUGCAGUUUCUGUUAGCGAGGCAGAAAGAAUUCAAGAUGGCGGCUUUGCAAGCCAAAAAAGAUGGCGAUAUGGCACUUGCUAAAGACUAUUUGCGAAAGUCAAAAGGGAUGGAUGAAAUGGUUGUUGCUGCUCAAAACGGCCUUCGGGUGGAUAUUACAACGGUGCCCAGUUUAAAAGGGAAAGAAAAGAAAGCUCCCCAGGCAGCAGAAGACAACACUUCCAUUCAGUCAGUGGCCAUCGCAGACACCUCGGCUACAUCAAUGACGUCAGAUUCCAAGGAGUUGUACGCCAGGCUAGAGGCAGCACUGCGGCAGCAAGUGGAGACAUCGAAGAAGAAUUCUGACCAUUACAGAUUACUGGGCGAUCUAUCCGCUGCUAAAAACUUCGAUUCACUUCACAAAGGAUCGCAGCAAGAUUUGGAUACCUUGGUUAUGUCGAAGUUGCAUGGCCACCCAGUCCCACAGUUCCAUUACGAAAUGAAGUCGUUUGCAAUCGUCAAGUCCCACCCUGAGUUAAGUGAUUCGGAGCUGGAAAUCACAAUAGCUCGGUGUCUCAAUGUUCCUCUACCAUCAGGUUAUCAGCAAAAAGACAUGUAUACAUAUGUCACGUACGAGUUUCCUUUUCCAAAUGAUGCUCCACAAACAGGAUCGACUAAUGUCUUAAAAGGAACAAUCAACCCAGAAUUCAAUCAAAAUUUCAAGGUAUCAAUCGACAGACAGAACAGGGCUCUGCAGCGCGUUUUUCGAAGACAGCCAGUUUGUUUCAAGAUCAUGUACCAAAGGGGAUUUCUUAAAAGUGACAAGGCUCUUGGCCAAGCUCAAAUCAAAAUGGAACAUUUUAACAACCGAUCGACGAUCCACGAAUGUGUUGAUUUAAUGGAUACAGAUCGAGGUCGUAAAAAGGUUGGUGGGAAAAUCGAAAUAAUUUUAAAGAUUCGCGAGCCUCUGGUUGACAAAGACGUCGAUGUUGUUAAUGAAAAAUGGUUGGUGCUUGAUUCCCAUUUGCGUACACUGCAGCAUUCGACUCCUGCCAGCUCUUCAACUUCUAUGCCGCAAUCGAAGUCUCCUACUCGGCAAAGUGCAACUGGACAAUACAAAAGUCUUGAAGUUUCAAAGUUUGAAAAAGACCUGACUGAAAAACAGAUAGCGUCAUAUAAAUCACAAGGAAAAAGCCCUCCUCCUUCACUGAUACAAAAACUGGAGAAUUGCAAUGCGCAGUUGCAAGAAGCACAAGCUAUUUUGAAGAAAGGUGGCGAUACAGCCUUAGAAUAUAUGAAACAACUGAAGACAGGGAUGGAAAUAGAAAAGAAAAAAGCUCAAAGCUGCUUGCAGUCUGGUGACAAGACUGAAGCAAGACUUUGCUUAGCAAGAAAGAAGAUUCUAGAGAAAGAGCACGCACAAAUGCAAGAGGAGCUUAUGUUGUAUCAAUUUGGAGGUUUUGGUUGCUAGAUUGCAUCGUUGGGCAGUUAAAGAAUCGCACGAAGUAAUCAAAUAUGGAUAUGAUCACAAUGCCGAAUAUAGCAAUAAAUAAGCAAUCAACAUUCGUAGUCAUAAUGACUUUAGAAUAUUUUAGCGAGGAAUAGUUAUAACCAAUUUAGCAAGAGUUGCUAAUUUCUUCAAGUCAACCAAAACGUUUGUCCUUGACUUUGCAAAAACCCCGCCAGAAUCAGUGGCGUGCCCAAGGGGUGGAAUAUGGGGUCCGGACCCCCCACUUUUCUAAAAUAUGGUCCUCGAGAUUUGUCCAAAAACGAUGUAAAACUUAUUGGGGGGGGCGGGGGGGGUAGUAUACUGUAUGCUUGUGUCAAUAGCAAUUGUAAAAUGCUUUGCUAUUUACCGUAGCUAACAUGAAUCAAAUAGUGGGGGAAAAUUUUUCAAAAAGGGCGUUUCCCCGCAUUUGCGACUGUUUGAGGGGCGUGGUCCAAAAAAAUUCUAGGGGGCUGCGCCUCGGACCCCCCCCCCCACUGCUGCAGUCCUGGGUACGCCACUGGCCAGAAUAGUAUGAAUCACUAAAGGAUGGUUGGAAAGAAGCCAAAUAAAGGCAAUUGCCGGGGCUGUCUACUGUAGAGCCUUUUGGUUGUAAGCAUUCAUUUCCCUUUUGCACAAGUUUUCUUUAAUCAAAAAGUUUAAUAUUAGUGUAGUAAUUAAUUAAAUGCAUAUUAUGAGAUGUCAAAGCCAGGCUUCGACAGUAUCGCUAGAUAAUAUGGGCUGAUAGAAGAUGACGUCACAGUCAGCAGAAUGGAUUUCGAGGGGCAGAUUCGACUUCCAUUGUUCGACUGUUAUGAAAGACGAUUUACAAUUUACCAAGCAACGUUUUUUGGAGAUAUUUCUGCAAACCAGAUUUCCAAAUGAAAUUUAACCUGUUUGUCAGUUUCCGAUUUCAGCAUUCUAGUUUCCCCUCGGUAUGUCUCUUGAUGCAGUUAUUUUUCAACUUGCCUAACCUACUCACCUUUUUCGUGGUUUAGAUCUCUUCCUACUCUGCACGCUAGUUCUAUGCCUCCAAAAGAAACUAUAUUUUUAUCUUUCCCCGAAUUUAAUUAUACAAUUGCUGUAUAAUUUUUUUUUCAAUUCUAACUCAGUUUGCAGAUUUUGAAUCCCAUUAUUUCACGGAAGUUUAUAUAAUUUCAUAUGUAACUUUUUUUGUAUUAAUGACUUCAUCGUGUUAAAAGGGUUAGUUUCCCUUCAUGUAUACCUAAUGAAUUUUGUGUUUUUAACUGUUUACCUUCGUUACUAUUUCUUUUAAUAUAUUCAACAACUAAUUCAU